AUGAACGUGUUCAAGGUUCUCGAGGGCACAGUGCCUUCUUCCGUUGAGAGCCGCAUCAUUGCUUUUCUAAGCUGUCUUUCGGCGCAGCAGUCGUUCAUCCUCAGGGUUAUGAGCGUCAUAGGCAUCCGGGGUAUAGAGGCCGAGCUCGUGGAGGCCGUGUAUCCCAUCCCAAUUAAGGGGAGCACUCUGCGAGAAGACCUUUACGCUCUGGAGGCUUGCCGGUUGAUCAAGAUUGACAAGGUUGCGAAUGAGACGCACCCCGGACAAUCCCAGGCUGCUGCCGCCGCUGCCGCAGCCGAGAUGUUCGCUGCGGGUUCGCGGACCGAAAGAGAACGCACACGUCAUCACCGUGACCACCACAAGCUGACACUCUCUUUCAGGGAUCUGGUAAUCCAUCAGGUCGUCUACAAGAGACUGAGUCACAACCACCGAAACCAGCUGCACGGAAGCAUCGCCGAUUGGCUAUCGCAUCGGCAGCAACAAAGCGCGAAGUCGGAGGAACUGACCGUUGGAGACACAAGAGGCGGCGCUCGGAGGCGGGGCUCCUUCGAGGGCGGUAAAGCAGUGGCAAUGGGGGAAACUGUGGCGCCUACACAGUUCACCCCGAUGAUAGUUCACCAUUUGACCCUGGCACAUCACGAGCAAAAGGCUAUGAUCCGAGCCCAUAUCUUCGGUGUGAAAGAGCUGGAGCAGUGGGCGAUGGGAACUUUCGCCGUGAUUCUUGAAAAACACGCUGUCGGGGUCCCUGAAGACCUGCUCCGCCUCGCCAAGGGCUGCAAGGAAUUCAUGUGGCGGCUUCCUGAAAACUGGUUUGCCGAAUACCCACAACAUUUGAUGACUGGCCGUGUAGAAGAGCCCGCCCCAAAGGUGGCCCCGGGGUAA